AGCGUGGUCGUCGAGAGAGUCUUAAUCUAGGCACGCCGAGAUUCUCGCAGUUUUCGCCUUGUACGACACAGACGCCCUUGUUUGAUAGUAUUGUUGAUAGCCUUGUUGUCGAUAUUGAUGAGGGAUAAUAUUAUGAGAGAUGUAAAAUACAGCAUUGAGAAGACGUAUUUUUUGUAAAACGCACUACAGUGAUACUUAAGGAAAAAACUCCAGAAAUGAGACUUUUGAGAAAAUAACAUUGGUAAACAAGAAAAGAACAUGAAUCGCGACGAGCUGCGUGACGCGGUGGGCGUGCCGAGCAGCGUUCGUACCGACCUGAUUGCAGUGUCAACGGGAACUACUACGCCAGGCGGGGGCCGCAAUCGUAACAAUUCAGACUUUGACUCCAUCGCCAUCAGCAUAGACCAUCCAGAUCCACCACAUCAUUCGGGUUUAUCGGAAGAUCGCCAGGGAGAGCAGUUUGCAGACCGCGCAGCUGGCACAACAUUUGGCCAACAGGGUUCGUCCACCGUCUCAACGAGUGACGUGCACAAAACCUCCUCGAAGUCUUCGUCUCGCGUGAGCUCGACCAAGGCCACGAAUUCCAGUGCUUCAAAUACCAGCGCCGCGGCGCACGAUGCAGGAGGGGGUCACCAGCAACCUGCAACUUCGGGAGGUAGCGACUUCUACAUGCAGAGUCAACAGCAGCACAAAAAAGCCCCCCGUGGUCUCCGCCCGCACCAGCAAUUCCAAGCUGAGCCCGAGUCCUCGAGAUCAUAUGGAGGUGGCACGAUGGGGAACUACGAAUAUCAUGAAAGUCAAGACUACAACGACGGCGAGAAUUUUUAUACAAGUAGCACGCCAAUGAACGAUAGUACCCAGUACCAGAACAGCAUCAAACAGAGGUUGGUAGAAAAGGAGGACGAGGAAGAAAAUUUUUGCAGCGAGAAGCUGUGCAACCGCAAGGCGGCGAGCAAUAUGGUGCAGCAAUUUACCACGCAGGUGUUGACGAACAACACCGCGUCUGGCACCUGCACCAGCAGCAACUCCGUCAUGCGGCCGUGGACCUUAUCGUUCUACGACCAGAACCUCGAGGCGAAGUUUUUUGAGUACUACUGGGAACAGCAGAAAUUUUGGUUACUGUGUCUGCUGCCGCUCGUCACGGCCUACAUCGUGCUGUGGCUAGCGCUGGCGGUCGGGGGCGACACCACCAGCUUGGAGAAGUUGGACAUGAGGUAAGUACGCGAGGGACUCAACAUACUCUUCAGUCAAAAACUUUCUAGUAAGUACGCACCCUUUUUUGAUGCAAAAUGCCGUAAGACAAGAAGAAGCGCAGUACUACUGAGGCGCUUAAGAGCGCAGCACUACUGAAGCGCUUAAGAGCGCAGCACUGCGUAGGCGAAGCACUCAGGCGGGGUGUUACUUGGGCGCAGCACUACUUAAGCGCAGCACUACUUAAGCGCAGCACUGCUUAAGCGCAGCACUACUUAAGUGCAGCACUACUUAAGAGCAGCACUACUUAAGCGCAGCACUACUUAAGCGCAGCACUACUUAAGCGCAGCACUGCUUAAGCGCAGCACUACUUAAGUGCAGCACUACUUAAGCGCAGCACUACUUAAGUGCAGCACUACUUAAGCGCAGCACUACUUAAGCGCAGCACUACUUAAGCGCAGCACUACUUAAGCGCAGCACUACUUUAAGUAGUGCGCAGCACUACUUAAGCGCAGCACCUAAUCAGGGCGCCGCCGAAGCAAAAGACGCAGCACUACCUAAGCGAAACACUUAAGCGGGGGGCCACUCAUGCGAAACACUUCAGCCUGAGUCGGGGCACCACUCAAACACUCAAGCGCGGCACCACUCAAGAACCGAAGCACUACUUAAGCGAAAGCCUUAAGCGCAGCAUUGUUUAAGUGUAGCACCCAAGCAAGGCACUACUUAAGCGAAGCACUUAAGCGCAGCACUACUUAGGCGAAAGACUUAAGCCCGCACAUGUAAACGGGGCACCACGCAAGCGAGCACUUAAGCGAAACACUUAAGCACAGCACUUUAGAAGCGCGCCACUUAAGCGAAACAUUUAAGCGAGGCACUUACGGGGAUCGCUUGCGAAACGCUUCAGUGAAGCACUUAAGCGAAACGCUGAAGCGAAACGCUUAAGCAAUACGCUUAAGCGAAACGCUUACGCGAAACGCUUAAGCGAAACGCUUAAGCGAAACGCUUAAGCGAAACGCUUAAGCGAAACGCUUAAGCGCAGCACACUUAAGCGAAACGCUUAAGGGAAACGCGUGAGGGACGCGCUUAAAGGAAGCACAUAAGCGCAGUACUACUUAAGCGAAGCACUUAAGCGUUGCACUACUUAAGCAGGGCACCACUUGUGCCAAGCACUACUUAAGGGAGGCGCUCAGAAGCCUCUCACCAGCACUACCGAAGCGCCGGAACCACUCAAGCGCAACAUUACUUGAGCGAAGCACAUCCGUGUGCUACGACAGAAUAGAUGAGAUGUCAAAGAUAUAUUUAAAAAGUAAAACCCAUUACUCUAAUCAGGUAUGAAUACGCCCGUGCGCGUGGCCUCAAGUCCAGCGACUUCAUCGGGUGGCACGUGUGCUGGGUGCUGUUUUUUGGCACGCUGUUGGGGAUUGACGCGAGUCUGAUGCGCUCGAACGAGGUGAACAAGGAUGACAACAGCGGCAGUCGUAAUAGGCAGGCGUCAGCUUUGAAGAAAAGAAGGACCACCAACGAUAAGAAUAGCAACGACCACCGCACUACCAAACCCCCCGGCACAACUUGUUCCGGAGACGUCGAUACAGCCUCAACCUUUUCCUCUCAUUCCUCCUACACGCGAUGGAUUUUCGUUCGGCAAUACGUCGCGGUGGGUAUCAUGUUAUUAGAUCUCCUCGUCGGCGCAUUCGUGAACCCGCUCGUGACGCCGUUUGUGCUGCUGCUCUACGUGGUGCUCCUCCGCAUCCCGCUUCCACAGGCGGUCACGUUGGUUUUCACCGCGUAUCACCUGCUCAGGUGUUACAAUGAUCUCAAGUGUUACAAUAGAGACGGAAAGCUGUAAUGCAAAAAGUGCAGGAUCUAGCCUAUUUGCACAGGAUUGCACAUGGCAAGUUCCGGAUCUCCAGAACGCACCUAAAUCCGGCGACAUGAUUUGUAUUGCGAAAAGCGGAAGAGGCUGUGCGUGUAGUUCAUGUUCCUACUGCUUUUCAUGCAAAGCAAGCUUCAGACUCACUUCAUUGCAACAGUUGAGAUUGUACCGCCUGAGCGUGCCAUACCGCGGCCAUCGUGAUUUUGGUUACCUCCGAUGCGUCGUUUACGGUUUUUUGGGGGCUGGUCGCGAUUUGCCUCACGUCAUCGCGGCAGAUCGAAAUCGCGUCCCGGCUCGCACUGUACCGGUUGAGCAGGAUCAUAUCCUCUGUAACUUCGUCCCCGCCCUAGAGUUGUCAUGCAAGAAAGUGGCGUAACCAGAUUGUCUUGCCCUGCAAGCCACAGGAGGGAUAUUUUCGAUUGCUGUCUGGGACUGUGUCACGCUCUAUAGCAAAUCAGGACGAGGAGCUACAUUUGCGAUGUGCCUGCACUAGAGCCGUAAAUUUGUCUUGCCGGCGACUGCGGUAGAGAAGUUCUAAACUUGUCAUGCCGGACAGCCAAGCCUUAUUGAUUUGUGUAGCAAAGCCGCGAUCUUAACUCUGGGGCGCAGGUGAACACGGUUUUACACCGGAUAGGCCAAGGGCGAGAUCCACUCGAUUCUGCCUGCCGAAGUCGCGAGCUUCGAGCCGAUCAGUGGUACCGACGAGGAUCAAAAUAUGCUGUCUCGAGGAACGCCUCUGAAGCCGGGGGUGAACAAUCAUCAUAAGAAGCUGGUGCACAAAAGCACCACCUCUGCCAGCAGCUACUGGAGCAGCGCCUCGGUGAACGGGUGGCCAGCUCCUGCAAGGGAGCCAGGCAGUUUUGUCCACCGAUCAAGAUCUGGCACGUCUGCAGCAGGGGGUAACAGUACUAAAAGUCAAAAUGCCAGUCAACAUCUUCAAAGAGAAAGAGCAGGGCAGGCGGCGCAGGGGCACCAACAGUACCAAACCGAUAAUUUCCAAAAGUUUGUUGUGCCAGAUGAAAGUCGGUCCAGUAGUCGGACAACUACUACGCUGCAGGAGCAUAUCGAUAGCCACACGUCGUCUCUUCACAAGUACGGCGGCAAAAGUUUAUGUUCCAAACCACCACAAGAGACUUCUUCACCUUACCACACUGGAGUCAUGAAUGGUUCCUCGUCAUCAACAGCGACUUCCGCCCACGCUUCGAGCAAGCACACAAGCGGCGCGGCGACCAGCCGCGCUACCAGCAAGGACAACAGCCAUUCCCACAGCCUGGACCCCGAUGAUGCACAACUACGCAACUUUGAGCGGGGGCAGCAAACUACCGACGACACACCGGACAAGAUCGUGAACUGCGACCGCUGGACCGACGCGAGCUUCUACUCCCCGCACGCACUUUCCGACCGGGUUUCGCGGUGUUCGUUUAACGGAAAUAACAUUAGCAGCAACAACUCGACGAAUGGCGGUGGUGCGGGGAACAAUGUUGUGAAAUUGCUGAACAAAACAACCACGACGGUUGUGUCAACAUCUUCUAGUCCGCAAGAAGGAGGAGCAACUUGCUCACCGAAUGCAUCUAGAAGUACAACGGGUCGGGACCACAGGAUGAUGAACCAAGGUUGUAAAAAUAAUUCAGCUACUUCGACGAGCCAAAGUAGAUCUUCUCCGGGUGGUCAGAAAAUUCUCAACCUGGAGGAAAUUUUGCAGGACGCCAGCCCGUUCCUCGUGGAACAAGUGGAGCACGAAGUUCCGCGGGCGAAGAUCUGCGAGCGCGAGCCCUUCAUGCCAGUGAUGCGGCUGAACAUGCAGAUCUGGCGUGCGUGGCGCAUGCUGGCCUUCGAGAACGAGAGCGGCGCAUCAACAGGGACGAAUGUAGCCGGUGACCGGGUGAUCAAAUCAGCCUGGAUGUCGCGAGCAAAGCAGUUUCUGGAUUUGAACGCGCAAAUCUCGCCGAGCUCGAUGCAAAUCCACUCACUGAUCGCGGAAUUGUUUCGGACCACGUUUCAUUUAGGCCGGCAGGUCGCCAUCCCCAUGUCGACGAUGAAAAAUAAAGGUGGGACGACGUCGAACAAGACAAAGAACAAUAACUCUUCCAGCAACUCUGACGCCCUGACCGACAUCGUGAUUUCCUCGGUGGAGCACCCGUGCAACAAGAUUUGGCGGUCGAUGCUGGUGUACAUCCGGCUUCCCUACCCCGCACGGUUCAUCCAGAAGGUGCUCGCGGACCCGGUUUUGUACCCGAAAAUCGACCGGAGCUGCAUCGGCUCGCAGGUACUGGAAGAACACUACUCGGAAUCCAACGGGCCUGUGCUCGUGAAAACCGGUGUGUACGCCGGAUUUUCUCUCGUCUCCAGCCGGAUCUUCGUGUGCGCGACCCGGCCCUUUGAAAUCGACGACGGGACCUUCGCGGUUUUGUCGAAGUCGGUCGAGCCGGCAAGCUCAGACCCGGUGAAGCAGCACGUGCUCGGAAAUUUGAGCAGCAGCUGCUGGUUUGCGGUACUACUAUAUUCGGUUUGAUAAGUGAUCAUUUUUUUUUUGCGUUCUUGAGUAAAUUGUGAUUUUUUUUCCAGGUAGAAAAUCAAAAUGUGUAGGAGCUACGAGGCGUGGAGCCAAAAUCAUCACGUCGAAGAUGUUGUACUUGCUUAUAUGAGAACUUGUCGCGCAAAGGCAAAACUAUACUAUCAGACGCCUGUCGCGACGUCCGCGGACGCGGAGCCGCUCACCGACGUGCUGCUCGUGUCCCACUUGAACCCGCGCGGCAGCGUCGGCAAGUCCUCCCUGGCCGGACGGGUGGUGUGUCGUGCGUCUUACCCGGUAAUGGACCAAAUGGCGCGGGAUCUGCGCAAGGUCUGUGCCGAGGAAUGGGAAAAAGCGACUGGUGGGGGAGAGCAGUUGUAACCGGGUGUUGUGGGCCUGGGCCAGUUUAUCAUACUCUAUCCCCAUUGUCGUCGACGUCGGGUCGUGGCCUCCGGAUUACUUUCAGGAACUGUCCGGGUGCACAAGUCCUCGUUACAGAUACCUCUUCUGUUCCGCAAUUUUUUCGUUUUCUGGUUUUGGGAAGGACCGAACGAGAAAAACGCGAAUGUCGAGGUGGUUUUUUUGUGAAGUUAUGAUGAAAUUUUUUGAGUUUUAACGGUCAAAAAAUCAUACGGUAAAAAGAACACGUGAACUUCGCAAAGGCAGCCGACUUUCGCAGCUAAAAGUGAAAUGGGGAAGACAAGUAGUUCCUGCUGGGAAGCCACGACCUCGUCGCGAUCUCGUCGCGAACCAACAUGUAGUUGACAUGAAAAGCUACUUUUGCUGAAAUUUCAACGAACGUCACAUCAAAACGCAUUCGUCGGAGUAGACUGCAGAGAU